UUGAUUUAGAAGCCGCCAAAGAAAAGGCAACGGUAGACGAAGCCAUGAAAAAGAUGGCAGGUUUGCCGUCGGCAGACUGGCAAUGGGAGAACGCCACCGCCGGCGCUGCCGCUGGCCUCGCCACCGUUACAUUCUCACAUCCCCUUGACGUUGUUCGUACCAGGUUCCAAGUCUACGAUGGAAGAAUCUCCAAUGUCCCCGCCUAUAGGAACACUCCUCACGCUUUAUUUGCCAUUGCCAGAACUGAGGGUCUUAGAGGACUUUAUGCUGGCUUUUACCCUGCUGUUCUUGGGUCAACUAUUUCAUGGGGUUUAUAUUUUUUCUUCUAUAGCAAGGCUAAGCAAAGGUAUCUGAGAAACAGGGAGAAGCUGAGUCCAGGCCUUCACCUUGCUUCAGCUGCAGAAGCAGGAGCACUGGUCUGUUUUUGCACCAACCCUAUUUGGCUUGUGAAAACAAGAUUGCAACUUCAGACUCCAAAUCAGAUACGUCCAUACACCGGAUUUCAUGAUGCUUUAAAAACCAUAAUCAAAGAAGAAGGAUGGAGGGCACUUUACAAGGGGCUUAUGCCAGGCCUAUUUCUGCAGGUUACACAUGGUGCUAUUCAGUUCACGGCAUAUGAAGAAUUUCGCAAAGUUCUUGUUAGCUCGAAAGCUCAGGAAAAUGAAAACACUCUUGCGACAGCUGCUGACUUGUUGAAUUCAGUUGACUAUGCAACACUAGGAGCUUCUUCUAAGCUGGCAGCCAUUCUUACGACAUACCCAUUUCAGGUCUAUUUUCUCUUUGAACAGCAACGACCUAGUACAACUGGAGUUCCGAGAUACAUGGAUAGCUGGGAUGUUGUGAAGGAAACUGCAAGGUUUGAGGGCGUACGAGGCUUCUACAGAGGUAUCACCCCAAACGUGCUGAAAAAUGUCCCUGCAGCUUCAAUUACCUUCAUUGUCUAUGAGAAUGUCCUAAACCUGCUAAAAUUCAGGAGAGAGUAUUAGUUCUUUUACAUCCUUUUUGCC